AUGGCACUGAUGGUGUCAUGCAUUGGGACCGCCACAUCCAUCUAUACAGAAAAGAAAAUAAACUACUCGUUGAAUGGUCCUAUGCGACAAGUGGGUUGGAUCGCCAUAUCAGGGGUACUUUCUGGAACGACGUUGCACUACUUUCUCUCGGAGGGGAUUUGGAGCGGCAAACGUAACACAUGGGGGCAGGCAUGGAUGAAAGCCAUUGGGUUUAACAGCCUCUCAUGGUGUGCCGGUAGCGGUCUAGGAAGCCUGCUUUGGCGCAAAGGCCUCCUUAUGUCCUCCGCCGGACGGAGACUGUAUUAUCGUUAUCCCAUCGCCACAGUGCCGUUGGACUCCCGUGUCCUCCGCAGCGAGGCGGAGUUUUUCACAGGAAUAGGGUGGUCGUACUGGUUAAGCGGCGUAGUGAGUAGUCAAGUUGGAUAUUUAAGUUGUGUGGGAUUUUGUGUUUGGAAUGGCCGUCUCUACUUUAUGAUGAAUCCUCAUGGUGGCUACGCGGCGCGCUGCUUGCCCUGUUGGCGCGGAGAGGCCCUUGCAAAGUAG